UGUAUUAUUUUAUUACAGACAAAGCACACAUUAGAUGAUGAAGGGCUGUAUUACCUGGUAACUAAUGAUGACUAUGAGAAAUAUGUUCAAAACUGGCAGUGGGCAGGAUAUUUAAAACAGGUGAAAACAUUUCAAGAAUGUGCAAUCAUGGUGCGACGACCUGCAUUAGAUUCCUUUGAUAUAAUUGAUAACGCUAAUUUUGAUUGUCCUCCGAUAAAACUCGUUUACUAUGGAAAGUAUGGGGCAGGCAAGACAAUGACUAUGGCUCAUGUGCUGCAUCGGUAUGCAAAGUCAGGCUGGGUCACUAUUCAUUUACCAAGUAUAAUGGAAUGGCUGAGAUAUAGAAAAACGAAGAGUCGAGCAUUUUCGCUGUCAUCGUACAAGGACAACGUUUAUGACUAUACAGACGAUGCAUUUGAUUGGCUGAUAUACUUUAAAAAACAGAACGGACAUCUGCUACAAAACUUUAAGACCACCAAAGACUAUACAUGGUCGUUAAGGGAGAAGACUCUAGAGGGGAGUGGCUUGUUGGAUAUAAUUGACUUUGGCAUUGAUCGUAGGAAGUAUGCAUCAGAUUGUAUUGGUGUUUUAUUCAAAGAAAUUAAACAACUGGCGUCAGAUAAAAAAUUGAAGGUUCUUGUUGCAGUGGAAGGUUUAAAUGGGUUUUGGAGAAACACUUCUAUUAAAGAUGAAGAAAGAAAGCUAGUGAAUGCACAGAAGGUGUCAACAUUUAGACAUUUCUUAAAUCUUUAUAAACCAGACUGGAAUAAUGGUGUGUGUAUUGGUACAGUGUGUCAGAAUGUUGACACGUUAGACGAACCAGAUCAUGAGCCAGAGAAAGUGCCCUAUACUCCAAAAUACCUUCUCAAAGAUGAGGGUUUCCAGUGCUUUGACCCAUUUGUUCCAAUGUUGGUACCCGAGUACAGUCCAAAGGAGGCUCAUAAUUGUAUAGAUUAUUAUAUUGAGAGGAAAUGGAUUAUCAAGCCUAGAAGUUUAACAGAGCACGGAAAGAAAGAACUUGUCUUGCUUAGUAACCACAAUCCCAAAAUGCUCAUGGAAAUCGCUAAAUAUUGGUAACAAGUCUACCAAAUUCAGACAUCAUUCCUUUAUUUUGAAAUGUGCAAGUGUUACAACAAAUUUGGAAAAAAAUAUGACAGUAAACCAGUCAAAAAAGUAAAAAUACCUAUUGACCAUUGGUUGCUUUCAAAAACGUAACAGCCGGUCAGAAGAAUGGAUAUUUUCAGAUUUUGAUAAUUUGGGUACUUUUAAUAUGGUAGAGCGAUUUUUACUUCAUAUUUAAUUACAGUUAAGUGGCCGGAUUUACUUCUACAAGAUUUGAUAAUCCAAGUCAUACUGGUUAGUAUUCAACCACCAGAAUGUUAGUUAAAAAUUGCUAAAUAAAUGAAUGUUAUCACAAUAUGGGAGAAGAGAGUUGGCGUGUAAAAAAUGGAGUUUGAUCAUAAAAAUAAAAUAAAAUUACUUUU